UGCUUUUGGGUGUGGCUUUUGUUGGCACAAGGCGAUAUGCACUAUGGCGACCUCGCUUCACAUAUAUGCCAACCUAGUCUGGCGAGGAGGGUCCGAUGAGUCUCGGAUAAAGCGACUCGCAGCGUCAAAGCUAUUAACUGUGCCACACUAUAGACUUCCCCUUCAAGAGCUUUCUACCGUACUGGAGUCAAGCCUUGCCUCUGGCGUGCCUGGAGAGCUUGUUGCGGCCGAACAUCUUGUCUCUAUCUUAUCUGCAGAUCGCUGCUUUUCUUUUAGUGAAAUCACAGGCAAUGUGCUUGUGGAUGCAGCAGCACUCCUAGGUGCCGGCAAAGCUAGCUUAAAGGAGCUAAUUGAGCGAACAUGGUCCUGCGAUUCGCCAAGUUCAUGGGCCAAAAACAUGCUGGCAAGCUUCAUCGUCUCCCGCCACCAAAUCGACACCCGAGCCGCCGACCUCUUCCUAGCUCCCGUGCAGGACGCGGAACGCGCCCUUGCAGCCGCCUGGGAGGCAGCCGCUGCUGCUGCCCCUCCGUCCCCCCUGCCGUACUCCUCCCUGGACGAACUGCUGGCGGAUGAGCCCUGCCUGGAGCUGCUACAGCGGCAGCAGGGGGAGCAGGGACAGGGUUUCGUACGGCUGGUUUUCUCCACCCUCCUCCAACAGCAGCAGCAACAGCAGCAGCCGCAGCAGCACCAGCAACAGCAGCAGCAGGAGGGGCGGCUGGAAGGGGAGGAGGCGCGGCAACAGCGGGGGCAGCAGGGAGAGACACGCGUGACGCCUCCUAGGCCGCGCAUGCAGUCAGCUCCUGACACGGUGACGGCGGCCGAGGUGAAGAGGGGGGACGGCGGCGGCGGCGGCGCCGCCCCUUCCCGGGAUAAUGACUCCCCGGCCGGCGGGGUCAUCGGCGGUGGCGGCGACGACUUGUGUUUCAUCGAGGAGAGGGAGGACGACGACGGUGAGGAGGGGCUGGCGGGUGGAGCAGGAGGAGGAGGACUGUACGGCACGGAGUAUGGGGAGGAGGAGGAUCAGGAGGAGGGGGCAUUCGAUGCCAUGUACGGCACAGUUGCUGAUCCGUACGGCGAUGACGUCACCGUGGAUGAUGUCGAUUACGGAGGCAGCGGCGGCCUGGGUGACGGCGGCCUGGGUGGUCUCGGCCUCAGUGCAGCGGACGCAUUGGAGGAGGUCGGUGAGGCCGAUGAUGAUGCUGCUGCUGCUGCGGAGGAGGAGGAGGAGGAGCAGCAGCAAGAAGAAGAAGAAGGAGUCCACGGUACUGCUGCUGCAACUACCCGCGGCACCUCCAGGAGGUACGGCGCCGGCAGUCCCAUGACCGCUCGUACAACACAUCGGUCCUCCUCCGCCUCCGCCACCUCCGCCUCCGCCACCACCACCCUCACCACCACCGCCGCCGAGCACUGGCCCCUGCGCCCCGACCUGCUGCGGCACUAUGUGCGACUCGUGUUCUCAGGCCCCGGUGCAGCGGAGCGGUUGGCGGCGGCGGCGGCGCUGACGCUGGCGGCGGCGGGGCUGCGUACGACAGUGGCGGCGGCGGCGGGGGCCACUGCCGUACGGGCCCAUGGUUCGUACGAUGCACGGCGCUUUCAGAUGCCGUUGCCUGAGCUGCUGAGGCGACUGCGGAAAACGGUUCCUCAGCUGUUGCCGCCGGUGCCGGAGGCGGCGUCAGCUGGAAGAGUGGGGUCGGCGGCGGCGGAUGUGUUGGUGGUCGGGAGCUGGCUGUUGAAGCGGUUGAGUGGGGCGCGAGG